GGAGAAGAAGCAUCGCCAUUUUAAGAGAAAGAGUUUCAUUUCACAUCGCAACUGUAGGACGGAGAACCUCAGGAACGUUUUCAACCUGUUUCUCUUUUAAACUGUUAGUGGGGAAUUGACUACUAUGAACUGAAUCUCUUCCUAAAGCCAAUCAACAAGUAGAUCAAAGUCAAGUAACGCAUAAGACAGUUGAUUUUUUGCACUGAAUGUAUUACGUUAGAGGAAAUGGCUGUGGAAAGCAUGACUGUCCAUCCAAACUCCCCAACAGCCAACCACGAACACAACAGCCUUCUCACUGACGAAAGGCAAGAAGAUGGGGAACUGGAGGAAGGUGAGCUGGAGGAUGAUGGUGGAGAGGCAGAGGUGCCCAGAGGUGAGGGACAUGAGCACCAGGAUAAGCCUCGCCGCAGCAAGGAGCGCCAUGCGAGUGAAUCGGACGAUGAAAAGUCGCAUCGGCGCAGGAGGAAGAGAAAGAGGGAGAGAGAGCGAGAAAAAGAGAAAAGGAGGGCCAAGAAAAAGCACAAAUCAAAGCACAAGCGACAUGCGUCCUCCAGCGAUGACCACUCGGACUACAGUGACGAGUCAGAUUACAGUCCCAGUGAAAAGAGGAAGUACAGGGAAUACAGUCCUCAAUAUCCUCCCGCUUCUCAAGGAGGUUACCCUCCUGCUCCCUCUGGUCAUGGAGGCCCCAUGCCAAAGAAAGGCAGCUAUAUGAAGUUGGACAAACAAGGCUAUGGUGGCUAUGAUGACUAUGAUGAGGACAACUAUGAAGGUGAAGUAGAUGAGGAGAUGGGUGAUGAGGACUAUGAUGACUUCGCCAAGGAACUGAACCAGUACCGCAAGGCCAAAGAGGGUGGAGGUGGUCCACGUGGUAGAGGUGGUAAAAACCGCAUGAAGAACCAGCGAGGCCGUGGCAGAGGAGGAAUGAGGGGACGUGGUGGGAGAGGAGGCAGCAGAGGAAGGGGACGGGGAAAAAUGGGAGGAGACAAUGAUGAUGGGGAUGGCAUGUAUGGAGAAGACAUGGAGUAUGGAGAUGAUGACUAUGAAAACAUGGGAGAUGAAGACUAUGAUGACUACUCAAAAGAACUGAACCAGUACAGGAAAUCAAAGGACAGAGGGCGUGGUGGAAAAGGUGGAAGAGGACGUGGGAGGGGCAAAGGAGGUCGAGGUAUGAACCGUGGUAGAGGGAGAAAUAGAGGGAGGGGCCGUGGAGGAGACCAGUGUCCUGAUGAAGACAACAGUGGAGAAAUGGACAUGGGGGAUGGAACUGGAGGCCAGAGGAGGAACGAGCCAGAGAAACAUGGGCAAGACAAAAAGGGCAAAGCCAUCUGUAAAUACUAUAUUGAGGGCCGCUGUACUUGGGGUGACCACUGUAACUUCAGUCAUGACAUUGAGCUGCCUAAGAAGAAAGAACUCUGCAAGUUCUACAUCACUGGUUUCUGUGCACGAGCGGAAAACUGUCCUUACAUGCAUGGUGAUUUCCCUUGCAAGUUAUUCCACACCACAGGGAACUGUGUGAAUGGUGAGGAGUGCAUGUUCUCCCAUGACUCCCUAACAGAUGAUACUCAAGAGCUCCUGGAUAAGAUGUUGGCAGAGGAUGCAGAAGCUGGUGCAGAGGAUGAGAAAGAGGUGGAGGAACUGAAAAAACAAGGCAUCAACCCUCUUCCAAAACCACCUCCUGGUGUUGGUCUUCUCCCAACUCCUCCAAGAGCUAACCAAGGGGAUUCCUCCACGCCCAUGGACUUUGGAAUGCCUGGACCCACACAUGGUAAUAUGCCGCUAAGUGGACCACCGGAGUUGGGCUCUGUUCUUGGUCCUGGAGUUGGGCACUGCCCAGGCCCUCCUCCCCCCUGCCUUGAUGGAAAUGCCUUCCAAGGGCCACCAAACCCCAACGGUCCUCCACCACCAAUGGGUCCACCACCUUCUUGUGGAGGAAAUGCUGGGAAGAAGAUCCCCUCUUUGUUUGAGAUUGUAGUGAAGCCCACAGGACAGCUGGCACAAAAGCUGGGUGUCAGAGGACCAGGUCCUGGUACUGCUGUUGCAGGUGCUGCAGGACCUCAGGGCCCUCCUACAGGUCCACCAGGUGCACCUCCACCCCGCUUCCCUGGUGCACCACCACCAGGACACAUGGGUCCAGGUGGUCCUCAUGAUAUGCCUCCUAUGGGUCCAUCUACCAUGAAUCAGGGUCCUCCACCAAUGGCAGGACCGCCAAUGAAUUAUGGACAGGGAGAAGGACCACCAAACCAGGGAAUGAUGUCUCCAGGGGGUGGAUCUUCUGGAACCAACUUUUAUGAAAACUUCUACCAGCAACAACAAGUCAUGGCAAUAGAUGGAGAUGGUGACAACUUUCAAGGAGUUGUUGGUGGGAACUUCAAUAAUCAGUCAUCUGGGAACCAGAACUCUGUUAGUGUAGAGGGCCCAGCUAAUGUAGGCCAGUCUAAUCAGUCUGGGAUUGUAGUGCCAGAUUUCCUGCCCCCAGCACAGCGUGUUCUGUUUAUGAGACUCCAGCAGAAACAGCAGGAGGAUGAGGAGAGAGCCAGGAGACAGGCUGAAGGAGGAGGAACUGAGAGGGAGAAUGAAGGAGAUUCAGCAAACUGGUAUUCCAGUGAAGAUGAGGAUGGUGGUGGCAGUGUCACUUCCAUUCUCAAAACUUUACGACAGCAAACACAAACUCAAGGCCCCCCCAAGCCAGACGCAGCUCCUAGUGACCCUCGUCUGCAAAAGUCUCAGCCUGCACAGGCACCCAGCCGACCAGCAGACCCCCGGCUGGCACGAGACCCCCGUCUCUCACGAAACACAGACUCUUCUCAGGCAUCUGAGGCCAAUGCUUCAUCCCUAUCCCCUUCCACUCCUCUAGAUCCCCGUAUUGGGCGGCAUGCAGCCACACAUCCCCCUAAACCUGAGCCCCCACUUGUGUACAAACCCCCGCCACUGACUGCCCCGGCCAGCAAUGAGGAAGAGGAGGGUGAGAGGAUGCUGAGGGACAAACCCGUGCCCAUCCCUCUGGACCCUUUAAUGGGCAUGGCUUUGCGUGAUCCCCGUUCCCAACUACAGCAGUUCAGCCACAUCAAAAAGGAUGUAGUCCUAAACAAGCCUUCUUUCUCCAAGGCUGUACUGUGGAGUCCUGAAGACCUCAUCCCUAUCCCCAUUCCCAAACAGGACUUGCUCCCACUGCCUCCUGGUAUCCCUCCAGUUACAGUCAUAAACCCCCGGCUGUCUCGCACCCCGCCCCAGCACCACUCAACCCUGCCCUCUACACUGCCUCCUUCUGCUCCUACUCCUGAGCAGUCUAAUCAGGCCUCCUCUUCCCUCCCAGACUUCGAGCUGCUCUCCCGCAUCCUCAAAACUGUCAACGCCACUUCAUCCAGCCCUGCACAAGGUGCUUCUACGGGAAUCUCCUCACCUCCGUCCAUCUCUGCAGAGAAGCCUGUUGACCCCCGUAUGGCACGAAAAGCCCCUGCUGACCCCAGGCUCCAGAAGUCCACCUCAGAGACGCCUGCCCCUCAAGUCUCGCCCCCUGCUGCCGCCUCAUGUCCAUCCUCCACCCCCACUAUCGCACCCUACGACCCUAGGCUGCUGUCAGCAGGAGGGUCGGUUCGAGUUGUUGGAAGUGGGAAUGUAGGUAGUGGCAGCAGCAGCAGUGUAUUGAGUGGCAUUAGUCUGUAUGACCCACGAACUCAGGGCUCAGACAAGGCCGAGAGCUUGGGGGCCACUAGAAACACUAGUCCUCCCCCUGAGCCCAAGUCAAGUGAAAGUACAGCGGCUUCAGCUAAACCCAAGUCUAAAGAGCCACUGUUUAUACGCAAGUCGGCACUGGACCAGCCCGAACCCGAGAAGAACACAACGGAGCAGACUACCGACCGCUACAACAGCUACAACCGCCCUCGACCCAAACCUUCACCCUCACCCAAUUCAGGGUCUGCAGCUGGGGUACCUGCUACAGGUGGUCCAUCCACAGCUGGUCAAGGCCCUGCUGGCACUGCAGAACAGCCGGCUGGGGUCCACAAUCUGCCCGUGUCCACAUUGUUCACUAUGGUAAAGCAGGCCAGCAAACCCAGUGGCACUGGGAGCCCGUUUGGUGGCAAUAGCCCCGCCCAGCCUGACGCAGCUGAACAGGACAAUGCAUCUCUAAAAGACGUUUUCAAAGGCUUUGACCCCACGGCCUCACCAUUUUGCCAGUGAACUCUGCUCUAUUGCUGUCAUUGUGAACCGCUUUAGGACUGUAGUGUGCGGUCUCACAUGUACUUGACAUGCAAAUAGACUCACCCCUACCAGGUCACAUACCACACCACAGUAUUUCCAUAUAGAUUUCUAUUUGGACUGUUAGGAUUGGAAAAGAUUAUGUCUGUACUAAUGAUAAGGGGAGAUGAAAACUAAAUGUCUAUUUUAAAACCAGAUGAGAAAUUUUUAAAUAAAUGUUCAUUUUAAGGACCUCUAUGAAUAUGUACAUCAAGACACACUUGUAUACGUGCAUUUUGGCAUUAUGAAAGACAAACAUUUUCAUCAGUCUAUACCAAACAGGUUUUUUUGGAUUAUGACCCAUUAACCCCACCCCAUUAUCCUGCUUGAAUUUAACCAUAAGUGGCCAGUGUGAUUGACAGGUGACUUUAACCUUGUUCCACCUGAUCAGCAUGGCAGUGGGGAAUAUUCUUUCACUGCCACUCCCUCUGCCUCCUGCAGCGGAACUGAACUAAAUGCUAGGGUAUACUUUGUUUUUCCGUGUGCUGCUAAGUCUCGUUUAUGGUCACGCAUUCUAGCUUUCGAAGUAUACUUCUUUGACCAUGAGCCCAUAUGGACGCCUUCGACAAAUAUGCAUUGUGACUGCAUCAUCGUACUCUUAGUGCAUUUGAACACAGGCACGUGUGCAGACACAAACAGUCCACAAGGACUGUGUGAAAGAUGAAAUUUACUUCAUGUGCACUUUGCGCAAGACAUAGUGACACUCAAUCAACCGAAAUAUACUUUGGCCUUAAGUCAUGUAGUUGCUCACCAGCACUUUUCAUUUGUUCCUCACCAGUGAUUAAGAUCCUUUUAAGAAAUUUCUCCCGUUUUCUCUCUCUGCUUAGUCUAGUUAACUCUUUCAUGUCUGUUUGGAUGCCCUUGUAUUUCUAAUGUUUCAAAUUUGUGUUUGGUUUGUUCAUACCACUCCACUUAAAGGAAUAGUUCACCCAAAAAGGAAUAUUCUCUCAUCAUUUACUCACCCUCAUGCCAUCCCAGAUGUGUAUGACUUUCUUUCAUCUGCUGAACACAAGUUAAGAUUUUUAGAAGAAUUUCACAGCUCUGUAGGACCGUACAAUGCAUGUGAGUGGGUGCCAAAUUUUUGAUGCUUCAAAAUCCACUUAAGGGCAACAUAAAAGUAAUCCAGAUGACUCUGUUGGUUAAAUCCAAAUCUUCAGAAGUGAUGUAAUAGGUGUGGGUGAAAAACAGAUCCAUAUUUAAGCACUUUUUUACUAUAAAUUCUCCUCCCUGCUCAGUCAGUCUCCACUUUCACAUUCUCUUCCUUCAGUUUUUGGCGAUUCACAUUCUUCAUGCAUAUCACCUCUUACUGGGUAGGGAGGAGAAUUUAUCAUACAAAAUUACUUAAAUAUUGAUCUCUUUCUCACCCACACCUAUCAUACCGUGUCUGAACACAUGGACUUAACCACUGGAGUCAUAUGGAUUACUUUUAUGUUCCCUUUAUGUGUAUUUUGGAGCUUCAAAAUUGUGGCACCCAUUGACUUCCAUUGUGAGGAACUACAGAGCUGAAAUAUUGUUCUAAACAUCUUCUUUUGAAUUCUGCAAAAAAAAAAAAAAAAAAACAUCA